AUGCCGGGAGAUGUGGUUUUUCUGGUAGGCGCUUCCCUGCUGCUGCCGCCGCCGCCGCCGCGCAGGAAAUACUGGACGGACGAAGAGCUCGAGGAGCUGAGGAAGCAGAGGCUAGCCGAGCUGCAGGCCAAGCAUGGGGAUCCUGGUGAUGCAGCCCACCAGAAAGCAAAGCAAAGGAAAGCAGAAAUGAGAAACAGUAUCUUAGCCCACGUUCUGGAUCAGUCAGCCCAGGCCAGGUUAAGUAACUUAGCCCUUGUAAAGCCUGAAAAAACUAAAGCAGUAGAGAACUACCUUAUACAGAUGGCUCGGUAUGGACAGCUAAGCGGGAAGGUGUCAGAACAAGGUUUAAUAGAAAUACUUGAGAAAGUCAGCCAACAGACAGAAAAGAAAACAACAGUUAAAUUCAACAGAAGAAAAGUAAUGGAUUCCGAUCACAGACCCAAGAUGCUCAUGUACGCCAGUUACAACCCAGGCCUUCGGCUACUCUGGUUCCACCUGCUUCCAUUCUCGGCCUUUCCAGUGGGCUCCUGUGCCCCUUUUACACAGGCAUAA